CUUUUGUGUGCAGAAACAGUGAUGCAAUCAAGUGUACCUGUACAUAAUAUAACUUUUAGCUCAAAGUUUAAACUUUAAAACAAAGCUUAUGUGCGGAGAAUCAAACAUAGCUCAACGGAAUGUUAUGUGAACUAAGGACCAAAAACGGCCGCAAAAUAACGCAUACCUCAAAUUUCCAAUUACAUUUUUAGUUCCAGGAACAGCCGCCAUCAACUGCUCUGAAACGUAAACAAACUACAAAAACAACCACACCAGUCGCACGUUCGGCUGUGCUGGCGCAACUUUAACGAACUAAUUCGGUUCAAUCGCUUGUAUGCAGAACGGGUGGCGAUGCGAUCGACCAUACUGCCUAGCAAAUCAUUGUACAUAAUUAACAACUGCGAUCCAACGGAAAGCACACUAGCCCACGAUGAAUCCAAUGACAAACAUGAAAAAUGUCACCAAGCUCAGCGAGCAGGAUUUGAAACUAGGCGGCAAAAGCUCGUGGCAUGAUCAGUACAAGUCGAGCGCUUGGAUCUUCGUCGGCGGCCUGCCCUACGAUCUUACCGAAGGCGACGUCCUGUGCGUGUUUUCGCAGUACGGGGAGAUAGUGAACGUCAACCUGGUGCGCGAUAAGGCGACCGGCAAGUCGAAGGGGUUCGCUUUCAUUUGCUACGAAGACCAACGGUCAACCGUCCUGGCGGUGGACAAUCUGAACGGCAUUAAGCUCGUGGGCAAAACGCUCCGCGUCGACCACGUGCAAGACUACCGGCCACCGAAGGAGACGGACAAAACGGACGACGAGACGCGCCAGCUAUACAUGGAAGGAUGCGCACCGAAGGCAGAGCACCCGAGACCUGAAAAGCAAAAGGACCCAAAGGUGAAGUCGGAAAAGCGCCACAAAUCGAUCAAGAAGGAAAGAGACUAGCGAUACACAAUAUCCACAGUUUUGAUAAAUAGAUUAAGGUACACAGUCUGAUUCCGCUCACUUAAGUUUCGAAAGAAAUCGCAACGCAUCAAUGAAAUCAAGUACAGUCUUUCCCCUAGUUAGGCGAAUAAUGUGUUCCGGAGACAACUCAAAUUAUCGCGAAAGUCGAGUUUUACAGCCAAAAUGAUGAUUAUUAAUAAUUUUCGAUUAAAUUUAGUUCAUGUAUGUAAUAUAUCACUUUUUUCAUUAAAUUUGUGUAGAACAAUCGGUAA